AUGGAUGAGGAUUCCACCAAUGACCAGGCCAUCAUCCGACUGUCUGAGUCUCGGGAGCGCUUCGAGGGCAAAGAGGAAUACCUCGAGGUCCGGCGGCGGCUCCACUCCCGGCACCGCAGCACCCAGAACGAGGCCGCCAGAUUCCUGCAGAAGAUGCGGGAGUGGGGCUCCGGCAAGAUAGCCAUCGCCUGGCGCCAUCACUUCGACUCUGACGGGGAUGGCGAGCUUGACUUCAAGGAAUUCUGCGCCGGUCUUGCCUCCUUUGGGUACAAGGGCAACACGGCCCAGUUGUGGAAGGAGCUGGCGGGCGAGCGGCCCGGCCUGAGGUUGGAGGAUUUGGAUCCAGAGCAUGCUGCCUACCUGGAGGCCUUCAGCAGCUGGUGCGCCAAGACACACCUCGGCCCAGCGGAAGUUUUUAGGAAGAUCGACCAAGACGGCUCGAACUCCAUCAAGAAGCAGGAAUUCUCGCAGGGUUUGCAGGCCUUAGGCUUCUUCGAAGAUUCCCUGCCUGCCGGCCUCCGCAGCGAGGAGCUAUUGGAGCAGAACCUUUUUCCCUUGCUGGUGACCGGCAAUUGCGUCAAUAUCGACGACGUCCUUUUCCUGGAAAAGGACAAGGAGAAGCGCUCCAGGAUCAUCCGACAGCUGCAGCGCAUCCGAGAUUUCGGCAUCCAGGCGGGUCCCGAGGAGCUGCCGAAGGAGGGCCAGCGCAUGCUCUUCAGGUACACGAUAUUUGCCGCCCAGCUGCACGCGUGCUACCACCCAGAGCCGGGGGAGGCUCACUCCUCACACCACCUGGACGUGUACGCGCCGGAGGAUGCCGAAGGCGAGAAGCUACCCGUGGUGAUCUUUCUCCAUGGCGGUGGUUGGCGGCGAGGAAGCAGGCGAUCAAACGUCUUCCAUUUCUUCCAGAAUGUGGGCUACGCGCUGGCGGAGCAGGGCUUCGUCGCGGUGCUGCCCUCCUAUCGGAAGAGCCUGCCCUUUGCCCCCUGGGUCCUGGGGCUGCUGGGCGCAGUCAUCACAGUGCCAGGGCUUUGGCUCGGCCAAAGGAGGUGUUCGCUCUCCCGCGCCACGCUCUCCGUGUGCUUCGGCCUCUUCGGCGCUUUUGCCCUCACGCUGCGACAGCUCGUCCGGAAGGCCGGCGUGCGGCACCCGAGCCACGUGGAGGACUGCGCGCUGGCGGUGCAGUGGGCGGCGGAUGGCGGAGCUUCAGCCUUUGGAGGAGACCCGGAGCAGCUGGUGCUCUGUGGCCACUCGGCCGGGGGCCACAUCGCGGCGCUGCUGGCGCUGCCCUUGGGCUUCCUCUCGCGGCCGCUGCGAGGCCUCAUCGCUAUCAGCGGUGUCUAUUGCGGCCGGCGCUUUUGGGACAACUGGUUCACACGAGCGACGUUCUCCUACGUCUUCGAGGGCGAGGAGUGGGACGCUUGCUUUCCGCUGGGCAGAUGUCCUGAUCCGGAUGGGCAAGCGCUGGCAGGCCUGUGCCCGGUGCUGCUGCUCAACGCCCAGUGGGACGUGGGCCUCCGAGGCCACGCGGAGGACUUCGCGCGGCGCCUGCGGGCCUGCGGCGCGGAGGUGGAAGGCCCGGUGGUGCUGCCGGGCACGGACCACUUCCGCAUGAUGCUGAACCUGGGCCGAACGCGGCGCACGGGCACACCCAGCCGGGAGGACAGCGCCCUGGCAAAGAGCGAAGGGGCCGCUGGCUGUCAAUGUCCACCACUCAACUUGGAGGCGGAUGGACAGAUGGCCUUGCUGCUCUUGGUCAACACGAGCAAGCACUGGAAGAAGGUGAAGUCCAAGAUGGCCCGGGGAGACGGCGCCAUGCCCUACUCCCCCAACUUCCGUCCAAACAUGACCUGGCUUGAGCAGAUCGCCCUGUCUCGGGGCGAGCAGUUUCCAGGCCUGCCUCGGGUGUCCAGAUCGCGUUCUGGCUCCACCUUGGGCCCUCUGCCGCCCCCUGUUGUUCGGCAGCGCCCUGUGCUGCCGGCGCUGGCGCCGGUGGUGAGCGCUCCCGUCACGGCGCCAGCCUUGAAGUGGCCACCGCCGCCGAUACUCCGGCUGAUCCCUAUGGAUGAGAGGGACCAGGCGAACCUGUCGCGCCGGCGCUGGGACUUCCUGGCCGCCGGCGCCGCCGUCGCCCAGAGCGGCGCUUGCGCCGCGAAGGGCGGCGCCGCGGCGGCGCCGGGGCCGCGGGCGCUGGCGGCGGCGUUUCUGCAGAGCGGCAUGGCGGACCUGGACUACUUGCUGGAUACGGAGCCUCCCUUGGAGACCUGGGAGGAGAAAAGCGCCUGGCUGGCCGUUUGCCACGGGCGCAUGGCGCUCAUCGCCGCGCUGGCGGUGGCUUUGGGAGAGCGCGACACCUCGGACGAGGAGGAGGAGGAGGAGCUGAUGAGCCUGCGCUACCUGAAGCGGCGCGGCCAUCACAGCUUCCCCACCCGCACCAAGGGCCGGCGCUACUUCCCAAUAGCGCGGGCGAGCAUGCUGAAGCUCUGA